AUGAAUUUCCAGCCACAAGAAAAGAAGACACCAGUGGAAGACUUGAUAGCUCAACUUGCUACAAACACAAAUAACUUCAUUCAAGCAACUCAGACAACACUCCAAAAUCAGCAAGCUUCAAUUGGGAAGCUGGAAGUUCAAGUUGGUCAGAUUGCUAGUGCGUUGAAUGAAAGAGAGAUCGGGAGAUUUCCAAGUCAGCCAGAAGUGAAUCCGAAGAACCAAGAGCACAUUAAGGUUAUCACAUUAAGGAGUGGAAAGACCAUAGAAACGGAGGGUGCAAAGAAAGAAAAGAAGGCCGAAGAACCUGAGAAUGAUUCACUCACAUUGCCAGAUGAGGAGUUAGCACAAGAAAAGAUUUAUUCGCCACCCGUUCCAUUUCCUCAGCGUUUGCAAAGGGCUAAGAAAGACAAGAACUUUUCUGAAAUUUUAGAUUUAUUUAAAAAGGUACAUAUUAACAUUCCUUUGCUUGAUGCAGUGAAACAAAUUCCGAGUUAUGCAAAAUUCUUGAAGGACAUCUGCACUAACAAGAAGAGGUUCGUGGAACACGAAAAAGUGAUGUUGUCUGAAGAGUGCAGUGCCGUUUUGCAACAAAAGAUGCCCCCGAAGUUAAAAGAUCCAGGGAGUUUUACUAUUCCUUGUACAAUAGGCAAAUUUUCCUUUGAAAAAGCUUUGUUUGAUCUAGGAGCUAGUGUUAAUUUAAUGUCGUUUACUAUCUUUAAACAGCUUGGUCUUGGAGAGAUGAAGUCCACAUUGGUAUCUUUACAACUUGCUGAUCGUUCGGUUACAUAUCCAAGAGGAAUCAUUGAAGAUGUUCUAGUUCGAGUUGAUCAAUUUAUUCUACCAGCUGAUUUCUUGGUACUUGACAUGGAGGAUGAUCAAGAAAUUCCAAUCAUUUUGGGCCGUCCAUUCAUGGCUACUGCUGGAACUCUUAUCGAUGUCAAAAAAGGUCUCCUCACUUUGAGAGUUCAAGGCAAGGAAGUGGUGUUCAAGGUUUUUGAGGCUAUGAAAUAUCUAAGUGAUUCUGAAAGAUGCUUUCAAGUUGAGGCGUUGGAAGAGCUAGUGAAUCUGAAAUAUAUAGAGCAACAUCCGGAUGAUCCUUUGGAAGCAUGCUUGGUUCUGAAUUGA